UAUGUACUGGUACAACGCAUUAGCAUACGGACUCAUUCGUCCGGUCCGUCAAGGGUAAGAUCCGUCCAAGGUUGCAGCUUGACAGUAUGGAAGAGGACAGUCCGGAAGAGUUUCUUGCAGAGUUCAAGGAGAAACAUCUAGGUGCUUGGGGAAUUGUCCAGAUAACUGCUGGCACAGGGCUAGCUGUCUAUGCCAUGUGGGCAGGGGUUCUCAUGCCGGGAUUUCGAAAAGUCCCUCUGAGGUUACAGGUGCCCUAUCUCCCCGCCAGCAAGAAACAAGUGCGGAAUGUGAUGGCACUGCUGAGUGGUCGACAUGGUAACCUUGUGGACUUGGGCUCCGGUGAUGGCAGGAUUGUGCUGGAAGCACACAAACACGGCUUUGGUCCCACAGUAGGAUACGAACUCAACCCCUGGUUAGUUCGUCUAGCUAACUUCCACGCAUGGAGAGCAGGCCAUUAUGGAAAGGUGUUGUAUCGGCAGGAAGACCUCUGGAAGGUGGACCUUACUGAGUGUAAGAAUGUUACUGUGUUUUUGGCCCCCAGCGUGCUCUCUUUAUUGCAGGAGAAGAUGGAGGCUGAGCUUCCAGAUGACGCCCUGGUCGUAGCCGGUAGGUUUCCCUUCACUGAGUGGACUCCAUGCAGGAUUGAAGGAGAUGGUGUCGACAGAGCUUGGGCCUAUACCAUGCAGGCCCAAAGACUGCCAGCAGGGAGUGCUGUGCUACCUGUACCGAAAGAGUUGAAAUCACCAGUGUGAACUGAAAGUAAGAGAACCAAGUAACUGUCUGGACCAGGAAGACAUGAGACAUAAGCAUGAAUGUUUGUAUGAUGGAAGAAACCAUUGGUAGUCUGAGGAGGAGGGACAAAACAUUUUCAUCUACAUGGGUUGACACAAGUUGCUGACUGAGACCCACUCCUCACAGUGUUGAAUUGGUAGUUAGGGACCUUUUCUCAAUUGGAUUUUCUCAAUUCCUUGCCUCCGUCCUCUCCUCGCCUUUUGAAAACAACAGCUGUUUCAAAUGGGGUGUGGUUGAUUUCAAAACUCUUCGUAAUAGGAAUUGAGAAAAGACCAGGGAGUGAGAUGCCAUCUGAGUAUAUGAACCUGUUAACAGAUAAACUACCAAGCACAUGGUACAAUCCAGACAUCUUUAAAAACCAUACCUCUUCCACAUUUGUUACGUUACAGCCUUAUUCUAAAAUGGAUUAAAUGAAACCAUGUCCUCUUCAAUCUAUACACAAUACCAUAAAGACAAAGCAAAAACAGGUUUUAGAAAUUUUAGCAAAUUUAUUCAAAAUAAAACCAGAUACCUUAUAAACAUAAGUAUUCAGUCCCUUUGCUAGGAAACAUGAAAUUGAGCAAAGGUGCAUCUUGUGUCCAUUGAUCAUCCCUGAGAUGUUUCUACAUCUUGAUUGGAGUCGACCUGUGGUAAAUUCAAUUGAUUGGACAUGAUUUGGAAAGGUACACACCCGUCAAUGAACUCAGCAAAAAAAGAAACAUCCUCUCAUGGUCAACUGCAUUUAUUUUUAGCAAACUUAACAUGUGUAUGUGUAUGUGUAAAUAUUUGUAUAAACAUAACAAUAUUCAACAACUGAGACAAACUGAACAAGUUCCAAAGACAUGUGACUAACAUAAAUGGAAUAAUGUGUCCCUGAACAAAAGGGGGGUCAAAAUCAAAAGUAACAGUCAGUAUCUGGUGUGGCCACCAGCUGCAUUAAGUACUGCAAUGCAUCUCCUCAAGGACUGUACCAGAUUUGCUGUGAGAUGUUACCCCAAUCUUCCACUAAGGCACCUGCAAGUUCCUGGACAUUUCUGGGGGGAAUGGCCCAAGCCCUCACUCUCUGUUCCAACAGAGCCCAAACCUGCUCAAUGGGAUUGAAAUCCGGGCUCUUCGCUGGCCAUGGCAGAACACUGACAUUCCUGUCUUGCAGGAAAUCACACACAGAAUGAGCAGUAUGGCUGGUGGCAUUGUCAUGCUGGAGGGUCAUGUCAGGAUGAGCCUGCAGGAAGGGUACCACAUGAGGGAGGAGGAUGUCUUCCCUGUAACACAUAGCGUGAAGUUUUCCUGCAAUGACAACAAGCUCAAUCCGACAAUGCUGUGACACACCGCCCCAGACCAUGACGGACCCUCCACCACCAAAUCGAUCCCGCUCCAGAGUAUAGGCCUCGGUGUAACGCUCAUUCCUUCGAAUUCCUUCGAAACCCGAAUCCGACCAUCACCCCUGGUGAGACAAAACCAUGACUCGUCAGUGAAGAGGGCAGCAGGUAGCCUAGUGGUUAGAUCAUUGGACUAGUAACCGAAAGGUUGCAAGAUCGAAUCCCCGGGCUGACAAGGUAAAAACCUGUCGUUCUGCCCCUGAACAAGGCAGUUAACCCACUGUUCUUAGGCCGUCAUUGAAAAUUAGAAUUUGUUCUUAACUGACUUGCCUAGUAAAAAACAAAACAAAACAAACUUUUUGCCAGUCCUGUCUGGUCCAGCGGCAGUGGAUUUGUGCCCUUAGGCGUUGUUGUUGCCGGUGAUGUUUGGUGAGGACCUGCCUUCCAACAGACCUUCAAGUCCUCAGUCCAGUCUCUCUCAGCAUAUUGCGGACAGUCUGAGCACUGAUGGAGGGAUUGUGCGUUCCUGGUGUAACUUGGGCAGUUGUUGUUGCCAUCCUGUACCUGCCCACAGGUGUGAUGUUCGGGUGUACCGAUCCUGUGCAGGUGUUGUUACACGUGGUCUGCAAUUUAUUGCCCUGGCCACAUUUGCAGUCCUCAUGCCUCUUUGCAGCAUGCAUAAGGCACAUUCAUGUUUUUCAGAUCAGGAGAAAGGCUUCUUUAGUAUCCUAAGUUUUUGGAACUGUGACCUUAAUUGCCUACCGUCUGUAAGCUGUUAACGUCUUAAUGACAGUUCCACAGGUGCAUGUUCAUUAAUUGAUUAUGGUUCAUUGAACAAGCAUGGGAAACAGUGAUUAAACCUUUUACAAUGAAGAUCUGUGAGGUUAUUUGGAUUUUUACUAAUUAUCUUUGAAAGACAGGGUCCUGAAAGAGGGACAUUUCUUUUUUUGCUGAGUUUAUAAGGUCCCACAGUUGACAGUGCAUGUUAAAGAAAAAAAACAAGCCAUGAGGUCAAAGGAAUUAUCCAUAGUGCUCUGAGACAGGAUUGUGUCGAGGUACAGAUCUGGGGAAGGGUACCAAAACAUUUCUACAGCAUUGAAGGUCCCAAAGAACACAGUGGCCACCAUCAUUCUUAGAUAGAAUAAGUUUGGAACCCCCGAGACUCUUCCUAGAACUGAGCCAUCGGGGAGAAGGGCCUUGGUCAGGGAGGUGACCAAGAACCCAAUGGUCACUCUGACAGAACUCCAGAGUUCGUCUGUGGAGAUGGGAGAACCUUCCAGAAGGACAACCCCUGCAGCACUCCACCAAUCAGGCCUUUAUGGUAGAGUGGUCAGAUAGGAGCCACUCCUCAUUAAAAUGCACAUGACAGCCUGCUUGGAGUUUACUAAAAUGCAUCUAAAGACUCACAGACCAUGAGAAACAAGAUUAUCUGGUCUGAUGAAACCAAGAUUUAACUCUUUGACCUGAAUGCCAAGCGUCACAUCUGGAGGAAACCUGGCACCAUCCCUACGGUGAAGCAUGGUGAUGGCAGAAUCAUGCUGUGGGGAUGGUUUUCAGCGACUGUGAGACUAGUCUGGACCAAGGGGAAAGAUGAACGGAGCAAAGUACAGAAAUCCUUGAUGAAAAUCUGCUCCAGAGCGCUCAGGACCUCAGGACUGGGGCAAAGGUUCACCUUCCAAAAGGACAACGACCAGCCAAGACAAUGCAGGAGUAGCUUUUGGACAAGUCUCUGAAUGUCCAUGAGUGGCCCAUCCGGAGCCCGGACUUGAACCCGAUCGAACAUUUCUGGGGAGACCUGAAAAUAGCUGUGUAGCGAUGCUCCCCAUCCAACCUGACAGAGCUUGAGAGGAUCUGCAGAGAAGAAUGGGAUAAACUCCCCAAGUACAGGUGUGCCAAGCUUGUAGCGUCAUACCCAAGACGACUCAAGGCUGUAAUCUCUGCCAAAGGUGCUAAAACAAAGUACUGAGUAAAGGGUCUGAAUACUUAUGUAAAUGUCAUAUUUCAGUUUUUAUUUUUAAUACAUUUACAAAAUAUUCUAAACCUGUUUUUGCUUUGUAGGGUAUUGUGUGUAGAGUAUUGUUUGUAGAUUGAUGAGAAAAAAAUACAUUUUAUAAUAAGGCUGUUAUGUAACAAAAAAUGUAAAAAAAGUCUAGGGGUCUGAAUACUUUCCGAGUGCACUGUAUAUCAUGGUCAUAAAGGCAUAUGAAGUAACAAGUUAUGGAGCAAACACAUAGGUUGUAAUAUGUAUGCACACAGGCGCUAUCACAAACGCUCUACACACAUGUACAUUGUAAUAUUGUUGUAUGGUGGUAUUAUACAUAUGUACUGGUGUACUAAUGUUAUGAUGGACUGUUUUAUAUUUUGUUUCAUGUGUAUUAAAAUUUCCUUAAUGUGUUUGGACCUCAGAAAGAGUAGCUGCUGCCUUGGCAAAAGCUAAUGGGGAUCGCUAAUAAAUACAAAUACUAAUA